AUGAACGUGGGAACUGCCAGCUUAAAGCUGUUCGCGGGAGCAAAGUACUUUGAUGCUUUUGUCGGGAACAUACGUACCUUCAAAUAUAGCGCUCGUGAUGGCCCUGUUCAUGUUUGGCAGCACGCGGUGGACCUACGGGAUUUGCUACGCGGGGAUGAUGACGACUUCAUGGUGCUGUACCACUACACGGAUGAACGCGCGUUUCGGAACGUAGCAGAUCUCCGGAAGACCACGGCGGAGCUCUAUGCGUCGCUCGAGGAGUCUCGUGCCCACUUCGGCAAGGGCGUGUAUGCCUCCCAGCACGAGCCGGCUGUCUGGACGUUGCGCGUCCGUAUUCUUCUCAACAACUACAGCAAUGGGAGCCCGUUCCGCGACACCAACGACGACGAAGCAAAACGUGUCCGACGCGAGUGGGGAGAGCGCGCGUCGUUCUGCAUUCCGCUGUUGGUGCCUAGGGCUGUGGCCUACAACAUCUUUGAACGACAGACGCCCGACCUCGACCAAAAGUUUGUGCGGGACAAGGCUACGGGUGAGGAGCGCAUGGUCCGCCUCGGCGAGGACUACAAGGGCAAGCCCGUGGACCGAGCCCGGGAUGUAUGGGUGGUACGUGUGGCCAAUGACGCCGGGCAAGUGCACAACGUGUCGGCGGAAGCGGACGGACUGGUGCAGCUGCUACGACUCCGCCUGAAGCACCUGCAUGCCACGCGGGGAAGUGACAACGUUGACACCCUGGCCUGCAUGCAAGAGCUAGCAACGAGGCUCGAAAAACGUGUGCAGCUCCAGGAGGCGGAGGAGCUCUUCAGGGAAAGCCUGAGACGCAGCCGAGCUGCUCUGGGUGGUGACCACACUGUCACCCAAGCCUGCGUGGCCAACCUCGCUGCUUUCCUCGAGUUCAAGUGCGAGCUGGACGAAGCAGAGCCGCUGUUUCGCGAGGCCGUGGAGCGAAGCCGGGCGACGCGGGGCGACGUCGACCCGGUCACCCUCAUGGACAUCUUCAACUUGGCAGGUCUCCUGAUGACCAAAGGUCAACUGAAGGAUGCCGAGCCACUGCUUCUCUUCGCUUUGCAGAAGCGCUGUGAAGUACUGGGUCAAGACCAUCCGGACACCCUCCAUACCAUGAAUGUAUGUGCCCGCCUCUUCAGAGAGAAGGGUGACCUCGGCACAGCAGAGGCCUUGUAUCGGCAGGCUUUGGAGUGCCGUGAAGCCAAGCUGGGCAGCGAUCAUCCGGAGACGCUCGUCUCCAUGAACGACUUGGGUCGGCUCCUUGAGACCAAGGGCGAUCUGGACGGUGCGGAGCCACUCUGUCGAACGGUUCUGGAAAAAGGCCGUGCCAAGUUGGGCGACGACCAUGAGAACACCAUCAUCUACAUGAAGAACUUGGCGGAUCUCCUGAGCGCGAAAGGCGACUUCGGUGCCGCGGGGCCGCUGUAUCGAGAGGCGUUGGAGAGGAGCCGAGCUGUGCUUGGUGAGGACAAUCCGCGGACCCUGGAUUUCCAUCGUGCCCUGGCAGCGUUCUUGCUGACGACGGGCGAUCUGAUGGCUGCGGAGCCACUCUGUCUGGAGAACUUGCAAAAGUGCAAGGCCAAACUGGGCAACGACCAUCUAGACACCAUCGCUUCAAUGAACAACUUGGCGAGGCUCCUACAGGACAAGGGGGAUCUGGAGGCCGCUGCUGCAUUGCUUCGGGAAGCCCUGAAGAGUCGCUGCGAAGCCUUGGGCAACGACCACCCGCGGACCUUGAACCUCCUCCACAAUUUGGCGGGCGUUCUGCGUAGGCAACGCGAGCUGGAGGAGGCAGGGGCGAUGUACUUGGAAGUGGCGCAAAAGCGCCAAGCCUCACUGGGAGACGAUCACCCGGACACCCUCAACUCUUGGCACGGUUUGGCCGCGGUCGUGAUGGAAAUGGGCAAGCCUGACAUUGCCGAGCAGGUCUUACAGAAGGUUGUGCGCUUGAGCCGGGCCACACUAGGCGACAACCACCCGCAAACUUUGAGCUGCAUCAGCAGCCUAGCAGUGGCCCUGCUGGAGAAGGGUGAGUUGGAUGCCGCGAAGUCGCUGGGUGUUCAGGCUUUCGCCCAUUGUCGUGCCUUGCUUGGGGAACGCCAUCCUCAAACGGUCAACUGCUUGCUUUGCCUGACGAGAGUGGCCGAGGCACUGGCCGCCAGAGAUCGCCAAGAUUCCGCAGAGGUCGAAGAUGAAGCCGGCGUCUUUGUCGUGGUCACCGGGGACUCUGUCAGAAUCGUAUCUCCAGGGCCCGGCCUGCCAUUGUGUUGA